AAAAGAACAUGGGAAUGCACCAAUUCUCCACCUCACCCUUCGCCUUUACCGUUCCUCCUUUUCUUCUUCUUCUUCUUCUUCUUCAUCUUGUGGUAUUCAAGUUUUCUUUGUAUUCUCAUGCCGUGAUUCCUCUUCCCUCUGAAAUUGAUAUCCUUAGAAGAAGAGCAAUCCGCUGAAUUUCAGCUCCCGCCACCCGCCUUCCGCCGGAGUUCUGUUUUCUUUGUCGACCUUCCGACGAAAUUCUCGACGCUGUUAAAGGAAAUAAUAUGGCUAGUGGCUUGUUAAAUGGGAAUGCCAAUUUACAAUGUGGUGCAAUGCUGUCAAUCAAGGGCAGUCAUUGUCGAAGUUUUAUGGCAUUUGGUGUUUCUUUCAGAAAUUGUUUGCAAAGUGAUGCUUCAAGAAAUUUAAGGUUGUUAUGUUACAAGCAAUUCAACUCUUUCAAAGCCCCUUCUAAUUACUGCAAGAACACAGAGAGUAUUCCAGUCCUCUCGUGCUUGCAAGAGAAUGUUACAAAGUACUUUGAUUUUGUAGUUGUUGGCAGUGGUGUUGCCGGAUUAAGGUAUGCUCUUGAAGUUUCAAAACAUGGUUCUGUUGCUAUAAUUACCAAGGCUGAGCCUCAUGAAUGCAACACAAAUUAUGCACAAGGUGGGGUCAGUGCUGUAUUAUGCCCUUCAGAUUCUGUAGAGAGUCAUAUGCAUGACACAAUUGUUGCAGGAGGUUAUUUGUGUGAUGAAGAAACGGUUGUUUGCACAGAAGGUCCAGAAAGGAUUAAGGAAUUAAUAGCUAUGGGUGCAUCAUUUGAUUAUGGAGAAGAUGGGCAGCUACAUCUUGCGAAGGAAGGGGGUCAUUCUCAUCACAGAAUAGUUCAUGCUGCUGAUAUGACCGGCAGAGAGAUUGAGCGGGCCUUACUAAAAGCUGUUGAUGAUGAUCCUAAUAUAUACAUAUUUGAGCACCAUUUUGCCAUAGAUUUAUUGACUUCACAGGAUAAUGAAGAAAUAUACUGUCAUGGUGUGGAUACAUUAAACACGGAAAUACAACAGAUAGUACGCUUCAUGGGAAAGGUGACAUUGCUCGCAUCCGGAGGAGCUGGACACAUCUACCCGUUAACAACAAAUCCACUGGUAGCUACAGGAGAUGGGAUUGCUAUGGCACAUCGCGCUCAAGCUGUAAUUUCUAAUAUGGAAUUCGUGCAGUUCCAUCCAACAGCUUUGGCUGAUGAAGGCCUUCCAAUCAAACCAACAAAAAAGCGAGAGAAUGCUUUUCUAAUCACAGAAGCAGUGAGAGGAGAUGGAGGCAUUCUCUACAACAAGUCCAUGAAAAGGUUCAUGCCUCUGUAUGACGAAAGAGCCGAACUUGCCCCUAGAGACAUUGUCGCUCGAAGCAUAGAUGACCAACUCAAGAAACAUAGCGAAAAGUAUGUGCUCCUCGACAUAAGUCACAAACCGAGGCAACAAAUUCUCUCACACUUCCCUAAUAUCGCUGCCGAAUGCCUCAGCCAUGGCCUUGACAUUACCUCCAUGCCAAUCCCUGUUGUUCCUGCAGCACAUUACAUGUGUGGUGGUGUGCUUGCUGGACUUCAUGGGCAGACUAACAUCAAUGGUUUGUAUGUAGCUGGUGAGGUUGCCUGCACCGGCUUACACGGAGCGAACCGGCUCGCGAGCAACUCGUUGCUUGAAGCGCUCGUCUUUGCAAGAAGAGCAGUCCAGCCUUCAGUAGAGCACAUGUCUAGCUCAAGCAUUAUUACAAAGCAUUUAGACAUUUGGGCAAAUCCAGUUCGUCCUGUUUCUCUUGAGGACAGCACUUUGGAGGAUAUAAGCUUGAAGACAAGACAGAUCCGUGAGGAUUUGCAAAGAGUGAUGUGGGAGUAUGUAGGCAUAGUUCGUUCGACAAAUCGUUUGAAGAAUGCAGAGUGGAGAAUUGGGGAUUUGGAGGUUGAGUGGGAGGAGUUUCUGUUUUGCAGAGGGUGGAAGCCAAUGAUGAUAAAUUCUGAGACUUGCGAGUUGAGGAAUUUGUUCUGUUGUGCCAAGUUAGUUGUGAGUAGCGCGCUUGCGAGGCAUGAGAGCAGAGGGCUGCAUUUCACUGAGGAUUUUCCGUAUGUGGAGGAGAGUAAGAGGAAGCCAACGAUUAUAUUUCCAACUUCUUCUGAGAAGAUCACAUGGAGCUCACAGCAAGUUCAUAAGAAAGUCCAUUGCUGAGAACUUCUGAUUGGUUUUUUAUACAUUGAAGUCCCGAGAUGAAGGUAUGGAAUUACUGCAUUGAUUAGUUUGGUUGUGCUUCAGGGUCCAUUAUGUUCGUAACCACUUUUCUUUUUUCAAUACAGAAGCAUAGAAAAAUUAUAUAUUCAUUGUAUUUUUGGUGAAUUAUUCUUAUUUUUCAAAAUCUAAUAUUUCUAGUGGAAUGUUAUGAUGUAGUUUAUGUUAGUUAGAACUUUCUUUCGGGCUGUUGAAACUUUUUUUAAAGAUGAUUGUAAAGCUAUAGCAGGGAAAGCAACUUCUUCAAAAGCUGCAACAGGAAUUAUAAAUAUUUAUUUUUUUCAAAAAGUCAAUUAACGGUUUUCUCACCGUGAUCACAGUUUUACAUAUUUGAUUGCAAAAAGUAGCU